AAGCAAGAAGAAGAAAGGGACUGUUUCCAAGGAGACCACUGAUACUACCAAGACCUGGGCUGCGAGUCAAUGCAGUAGACAGACACAGUCAACAUGUCCUUUAUAUUCGACUGGAUCUACAGGGGGUUUAGUAGUGUUUUACAAUUCUUAGGUUUGUACAAAAAGUCUGGGAAGCUGGUUUUCCUUGGUCUGGACAAUGCUGGGAAAACAACGCUCCUACACAUGCUGAAAGAUGACAGGCUCGGCCAACAUGUGCCAACACUGCAUCCAACUUCUGAGGAGCUGACAAUCGGUGGAAUGACAUUUACUACAUUUGAUCUGGGAGGACACGUACAAGCUCGAAGAGUUUGGAAGAACUACCUGCCGGCUGUGAAUGGAGUUGUCUUUCUCGUAGACUGCGCAGAUCACGACAGACUCACAGAAUCCAAGACUGAACUUGAUGCUCUUUUAUCAGACGAGACCAUAGUCAACAUACCGGUGUUGGUGUUGGGUAAUAAAAUUGACCGUCCAGAGGCGAUCAGCGAAGGAGGACUGAGAGGAGCUUUUGCUCUUGAUGGUCAAGUUACGGGAAAGGGAAACGUCUCUUUGAAGGAGCUGAACGUUCGCCCUCUGGAGAUUUUCAUGUGCAGCGUGUUGAAAAAGCAAGGGUACGGGGAAGGUUUCAGAUGGUUAUCGCAGUACAUCGACUGACAAGAAACAUGACAAAGAGUUUAACCACGUCAGUGUCAACCAGCCCGAAUCACGUCCCGUUUAAUUCUAACAUUUUUCUAUGCAAACUUUUAAAAGAGGUGACUAAUGAAAUGUCCUAAGUGUGUCAUUAAUCUAGGAGUCGGACAGCAUGGCAUGUUGUUUUUAGGCUACCCCAUACCUGAUGCGACACAUGAGCAGCCAUACUUUAUAUAAUAACAUAGACAUGUGUGCUUCAGUGUUACGUUAUUUAUCAUUUAACAGACCGUCUGCUUUGGAAUGUAUUAGUAAGUGAGUGAUGAGGAUUGUGUGUAGCUUAACGCUUGUCUCAAAUUAAAACGGUACAGUUUAGAUUUUAAAGCGAUUAACAAGACGAAUAACUAAGUAGAGAGGAUUAAUUUUAGUCGAUCUGACGAGACGCAGCAUCUGCCUUUUAAAACGUAAAGCCAAAAAUGUAUGCUAAUGACUUCACGGGUUUAGCCUAGAGAGAGAAUCUCCAACAAAAGACAUCUUGUGUGUUGAGCACUGAGCCAAAAUAACAAAAAAAAAGAAAAAGAAAAAGAGAGAAGUCAAACAGAAGCAAAGAUGAUGGAUUGAAUUGAGUCAAAUUAAACAGCUCAUUGAUGAGUGUGCUGUGAUUAAUGCGCUGCUCACGUUCGCAAUCUUGAUGAAAUUGGCUUGUUUAUUUUCGGUUCAAGAAUUACAUCAUAGCCCAUCACAGCUGGCGUCGAAGGCAGCUACUUGGAAGUGUGUUAGUCGGACUGAAAGACGUCUUUAUUAUCUUCGACUUUGAGGAUAAAUACCAUGAAGUGUUCACACAGAACUUUCUAUGGCUUCCGUCGCUUUAGUGUUUCAUGAAGGCAGUAAAGAUGAAUUGCCCUAUGACUUCAUCGCGUUUGAGUUAAAAGGAGUAUAUGUAGUUCUAAGUCUGUUUGCAGAGAUCUAUAUUCCAGUGUCUCGUCUCUCUGUUCAGUAUCGGUGAAACUGAAGUUCAUUUUGAAGUGGCAUUUUAAACACUAAAAUAAAAGUUUCUUUUGAGUUAUUUCUCAGUUUAGAACAGAAUCUGAGCCAUAUAUUGAUAUGAUGUCAGCGUGUACACUUUAUAGUCCUAGCAAGGUUUAAGUGCUGCAAGGGAUGUACUUUUUGACUGUCUGAAAAGAUAGGAGAGUGCACUUGCAAAGAUUAAUAUGCCGAAAUGAACAUUUUAUUCCGCUCCAUGCAUGCAAACAUGCUUAGGUUUUUUAAUUUGAAGAUUUUUAAAGAAGCUCAAAAGCAUGCGCUCAUUCUACCUUGUUGACUGUUUCCUGUAUCGUUUAUUUACAGGGUAACGUUUGGGUUAUUGCAGGGAUGUCUGUGACCAAGAUAAAAAGAUGUAUAUGUGAAAACAGAUUUUAUACUGCAAGGCUAGAGUUUGUUUGAAUAUAGUUUGCAUAUAAACAAGCUGCUUUUCCUUUAAAAUGUUCUGUACCAGUUUCCUGAACUCCUGUAAAUUAUGUAUAAUACAGAUGUAAAUGCUUGUACAGCAAUUGCCCUGGAGUUGACACUAAAAAGGAGUUAUUUAUAA